ACCACAGUUUCACAACUGAACUGAAGAAAUAUGUAUUUUGAUAAGGAGUAAAAAAAAAUAAAGUUGUGAAGUAUCGGCUAGCGAUAUGUAAGUACGAAAAUUCUUUGACAGAAAAACUUCUUUAUAUGAUAAUAAUCAUUGAGAGGAAAUUGUGGAUUUAAUCAUUCAAGCAUAAAAAUGAAAACUAGAUUCAGCACGAUUGAUAUUGUUGCUGAAGUAAAUGAACUUCAGAAAUACCUUGGUAUGCGAGUCAACCAAAUUUAUGAUGUGGAUAACAAAACUUAUUUGAUUCGUUUAAAUAGAUAUGAGGAAAAAAUCGUAAUACUUUUAGAAUCAGGUAUGCGAAUACAUACUACAGAAUUCGAAUGGCCAAAAAAUCCAUCACCAUCUGGCUUUUCAAUGAAAUUGAGAAAGCACAUCAAAAAUAAAAGAUUAGAAAAUAUCCGUCAGCUGGGAAAUGAUCGUAUCGUUGAUUUACAAUUCGGAGUUAACGAUGCAGCGUAUCAUAUUAUUUUGGAGUUGUAUGAUAGAGGCAAUAUAGUACUGACUGAUUUUGAAUUCACAAUAUUGAAUAUAUUGAGACCAAGAACGUCUGGCAAUGAAGAUGUGAAACUUAUUGUACGAGAAAAAUAUCCAAUUGAUAAAGCCCUUUCAAGUGUUGACAGUUUCAAACGGGAUGAAAUAUCUAGCGCUUUAAAUAAUGCAAAAGAUGGAGACAAUUUGAAAAAAAUUUUAAUGCCACUAGUGGCAUUUGGACCUGCAUUGUUAGAUCAUGUCUUACAGAAGAAUGGAUUUCCUAAAAAUUGUGCUGUGAAUAAGCAUUUUAAAGUGCCUGCCGACAUUAAUAGGUUGUUUUUAUGUUUAGAGGAGGCCAAUGGCUUAAUGAAAGAAAUUGCAAAACUACCCGAAGGUUAUGUGAUUCAUAAAGUGGAAAAAAACAAUAAAGAUGGGAAAGAAAUUAUUACUAAUAUUGAAUUUCAUCCAUUUCUCUUUCAUCAAUAUCAAGAUCAGAAAUAUACUCACUAUCCAUCCUUUGAUAAAGCUGUGGAUCAAUAUUUUUCAAAUAUGGAGGGCCAGAAGAUUGAUUUGAAGGCUUUUCAAAAGGAGAAAGAAGCCUUAAAAAAGUUGGAAAAUGUGAAGAAAGACCAUGAAAAGCGAUUACAGAAAUUACUUGAGAGUCAGGAAGAAGAUACCAAAAGAGCUCAGUUAAUUGAGAUGAAUUUAGAAUUGGUUGAUAAAGCUCUUUUGGUAAUUAGAAGUGCUAUUGCUAACCAAAUCAGCUGGUCUGACAUUCAGGACAUUAUCAAAGAAGCUCAAGUUGAAGGUGACCCUGUUGCAAAAGCUAUUAAAAAAUUAAAACUGGAUAUAAAUCAUUUCACUAUGUUACUUUCCAAUCCACACAUUGACAGUGAUGAUGAAGAGGAGGUAAAGCCUAUGUUGGUUGACAUUGAUUUGGAUUUUUCUGCAUAUGCCAAUGCUCGUAAAUAUUAUGACAAGAAAAGAGCUCAUGCCAAGAAAGAACAAAAGACUAUUGAGUCAUCAGAAAAAGCUUUUAAAAAUGCUGAGAAGAAAACUAAACAAGCAUUAAAAGAAGUAGCUGUCACAACUAGCAUUACUAAAGCUCGAAAAGUAAUGUGGUUUGAAAAAUUUCUGUGGUUUAUUAGUUCUGAGAAUUAUUUAGUUAUAGCUGGUCGAGAUGUUCAACAAAAUGAACUGCUUGUUAAACGCUACAUGAAAGCUAACGAUUUGUAUGUUCAUGCUGAUUUGCAUGGUGCUAGCAGUGUGAUCAUAAAAAAUCCUAAAGGUACAGAUGUGCCACCGAAAACUUUAAAUGAAGCUGGUACUAUGGCCGUUUGUAACAGUACAGCUUGGGAUGCUAAAAUAGUAACUAGUGCAUGGUGGGUUUACUCUAAUCAAGUUUCAAAAACGGCUCCUUCUGGUGAGUAUCUGACAACUGGUAGUUUCAUGAUCAGAGGUAAAAAGAACUACUUACCUCCAGCAUAUUUAAUUAUGGGAUUUGGUUUUAUAUUUAAACUUGAUGAAGAAAGUGUAAAAAAUCACUUAAAUGAAAGGUGUGAGAAAUCAGAAGAUGCUAAAUUUGAACCAAAUGAAGAAAUGAAUGAUGAAGUUGCAGAUAAUUCUGAUGGUGAAGAAUCAGAUCAAAGCAGUAGUUCAGAUAACUCUUCAAAUAAAAAUGAAAGUAUUGAAAAAGAAAUCAUUCCGCUAAAAGAGGAAGAGGAUUUAAAGAAUGUGGCAUCUAAUUCUGAAGUAUCAUUAAACACUGAAACCAUCAAUUUUCCAGAUACUGAGGUUAAAUUAGAUGUUUUAUCUGAAAAACCGAAAUUAGAAACUCAAAAUUCAAGAGAGCAAAUUAAAGAUAAUAAAAACAAGGUUAUUAUCCAACAACAUAAGAAGAAAGUUCCCCCAAAAGUAGAUACUGAAGAAAAAAGCAACCAAAAUAGUGUUGCCAAAGAUAAACAGACAGCCCCAAAAAGAGGCCAGCGUGGAAAAAUGAAGAAAAUUAAAGAAAAAUACAAAUAUCAAGAUGAAGAGGAAAGAGAGUUAAGGAUGAAAAUUUUGGCAUCUGCAGGUCAAAGCAAAGAGGAGAAAAAAGGUAAAAACAAAAAAUCUAAUAAUGAUUCAAAACCUCAAACAAAUCAAACGAAAAACCCUAAGAAAAAUUUGCAAUUUAUUGAAAUCUUAGAAGAGGAUACUAUUUUGAAAGCUAACAGUCCAAUUGUUGAUAUUAAAAAUGAUCCACCAUCUCAACCUGUUCAAGAAGUCGAUGCAGAAUUAUCUGAUGAAGAUGAUGAAACUCAACUUUCUGAAGAAUUGCAAUUGCUGAACUCUUUAACUGGAUGCCCUAUUCCAGAUGAUACAUUAUUAUAUGCUGUUCCUGUUUGUGGUCCUUAUUCUUCCAUGCUGUCUUACAAAUAUAAAGUUAAAAUUAUUCCUGGUAGUAGCCGAAGGGGAAAAGCUGCUAAAACUGCCCUGCAAAUUUUUCUGCAUGAAAAAACAGCAACACAAAGAGAAAAAGAUCUGUUGAGAAGCAUAAAAGAUCAAGAUAUUUCUCGAAAUCUUCCAGGAAAAAUUAAAAUAUCCACAGCUAGCUAUAAAAAAGUUAAAUAAUUAUUUGAUAAUUAAUUUUAUUUUUAAAAUCAUGUCUUUCAAAUUUUCAUAUAAGGUGUGAGACUUUAUCUAUUAAUAAGAAUCUUUAUCUCUUAAUAAGGGGAAAUUAUUUUGUAUGUCAAAUAUAUACAUGUUACAUUUCAUAUAUAUAUAUAUAAACUGUUCUAUAUAUCAACUUUCUUGCUUUCUUUUGUAGCAGUUAAAUAUCAAUAAUUUUUUUCUUGCAGUUUUAUAUUCAGUUUUAUUGAAUUAGUAAUUGCUUAGUGUCAAUAAAAUAUUAAUCAAUAUAUCAAAUUAUUUUAAUAUAUAUUUUGUCAUGAUUUGAUUUGAAAUAGGCAAAUUUAGACAAUAUGUGAUGAAACUGGUGCUGAUUUGAAAAAUGUAGCUUAAAUAAGUAAUGUAUAACAAUAUGCAUUUUCCUUGAUAUACAUAAUUUAGGAUAUGAAGAAUGUUUUAUAAUGUUAACAAAAAUUAUAUUUUUCCUCAUAUUUUGCUGAGUUAUUUUUCUGUACAAUACUCUUACUUUUUGUUCACAUUUUUUAUGACAAUCCA